AUGUUUCUCCGAUCUACUCCCUACGCCGGUGCCGGUGAAAUUGAUCUCUCUUUGCUGAACUCUAGCAGAUCUGGUCCGUCUCUCCGGCGAUUCGAGUUUUCUUGGCUAAAGGUUGGUUUUCCGGCGAGAUCUACUCUCUCUUCUUCUUCUUCUUCUAUAUUUUUCGGUAAAGUUUUUCCGGCGAAACUCUUCUCCCUUUCUUCUUCUUUAUUUUUCGGUGAAGGUUUUCAUCGUCCUCUUGCGUUUUUUGUCAAAAUAAGUUUGCCUAGAUUCCGGCAGCUACAAGAAGAUUUUGGCGACGUCCAGGAUUCCGAUCAGAUUUACUCACAACUUUCUCUAGCCAGCUGCCGUUACUACUGUUGCCGCUAUACUGCCGUUGCUACUACUGCUGUCGAUACUAUGAUCACCGCUACUACUGCCGCCACUACAACUGCCGCCACUACUACUGCCGCCACUACUACUGCCAGCACUACUAUUGCCACUACUACUACUACUACUAUUACUACUACCACUACCAAGACUACUACCAGUACCACGACUGCUACUACUGCUACUACUGCUACUUCUACUAGCAGCUACUACUACUUCUACUAG